AAAACGAGAUUAGGUUAAUUUCGAUUUUGAUUAAUCUUAAACUUUAAUUUGUGUUUAUAAUUUCUAUUUUUUUUUUAAUGAAGAAAACCAUGAUAAAUAUGUAACGUGUUUAUUUUGAAUGAAUUCAAAAAUUAGGAAAAAUCGAUUAAUCAAAAAAUCUAUUAUUUUUUAUGCAGAAUGUCACAUCCCUAUGUGUAAUAUUUUUAGAGUUUCCGAUUCCGAAGUGAUUCUGAAAAUUGAAAUCCGGUUGUGUUCCUAAUAUUUCGAAUAUUCUAAUUUCUAAAUAUUUUUCUUCGGCAAAAGAAAAAUUGAUUACAGAAAUAUUCUUCAGUGUAAUUUCAAAAUUUUGGUACCGCUCAAAAUGGUAUUUAAAUGCCAAGAAGAUAGCUUUUUAAAAGAGUUUACUUCUAAAGUGGUUAAAUGCGAGUCAACUACGGAGCCAAUAGUAGAAUAUGGCAAAUCAACAAAAUUCCAGGGUUACCAAAUAACAGUUGAGAACACAAUUCUUUUCCCAGCUGGAGGUGGUCAACCACAUGAUUUGGGGUGGCUAAAUGAAGUAAAAGUCUUGCAAGUUCUUCGAAAGGGUGAGGAAGCUCUUCACUUCACCAAGGAGCCGAUUGAAGUAGGAACUAAUGUGACUCUAAAAAUAAAUUGGGAAAGGAGAUUUGACCACAUGCAACAACAUUCAGGACAACACCUGCUGUCAGCUAUAUUAGAGAAAGAGCAUGAUUUACCAACAACAAGCUGGUGGCUUGGUUCUGAUGAUAGUUACAUUGAAAUAGAUACACCAAGUGUUGAUCCCAAAAUAUUACAAAACGUAGAACAAAGAUGUAAUUCAUUAAUACAAUCAGCAUUACCUGUUAAAGUUAAGUUAUGUAAAGCAAAAGACCCCAAUUUAGAUAAGGCACAUUUACGGGGCUUGCCUAAUGACUGUAUGGACACAAUCAGAAUUAUAUGUAUUGGAGAUGUUGAUGAAAAUAUGUGCUGUGGUACCCAUGUGUCAAAUUUAAGUCAAUUACAAGUUAUUAAACUGUUAGGUGCAGAACCAGGCAAGAAAGGAAAGACUAAUUUGAGAUUUUUGGUUGGAAAUCGUGUAAUAAACAUUUUCCAAAAUAUGUUGGACAAGGAGAAAGCUCUAACUGGCAUAUUGAAAAACGAUCCUACAAGACAUGAAGAACUUAUUCAAAAAUUGCAGAAAAAUUUUAAAACAGUUAACAAAAACCUACAAAAUGUCCUUACUGAAUUGGCUCAGUAUGAAAUUGAGAGGGUUAUAAACAAUCAACCGAAGCCUAAAUAUGUGUUUAUGUUUAAAAAAGAAGCAACACCCGAAUUCAAUAGGGCCAUAUGUAAAGGAUUGGAAAAGGAGGGGCUGUUUAUAUUUUGUGCUUCUGAGGAACCUGAUAAACCUAAAGAAGGACAAAUUAUUAUUCAAGGACCAGAGGAACAUUGUAAUGUAUUAGGAGCACAGAUAACAGAGAUUUUAAAAGCAAAAGGUGCAUUUAAACAUGGGAAGUUUCAAGGAAAGGCUUCUGACUUAAGUGGUAUCAAUAAAUGUAAGAAACUAAUAGAAGACUAUUUUAAUGACCUCAACUAAGUAUUUAUUGUAAUAAAUAUACUUUGUUAAAUAA